GCUUCGUCCAGCUGUGUGCAGCUGAAAGAGUGAAUGGCGUGAGGGGGGCAGAAAAUGGAAUCCAUAGAAAAAUGGAACAAAGACUUCAUUGCACUUAAACUGUUGGACAAAAAGUUAAAUUCUAAGAAAAAUGGCACGACAGGCGUGAUCUCGAAGCAUCUUCGUCAAACAUUUAAGAUCCACAAUUAUUUACAGUCGACCAUUACCCGCUCAGAAUGUGGCACAGGUUCCUGUCCAAACCUAAUUAUGAGUAGAAACGAGCAGCCCGAACAGAAGCCGGCGAUCAUGGCCUUAACUCCCCAGCUCCCUGUGCGAACCCACCGCCCUCUCUGCCUGUCUGUCUCUUCUGACAGCAAUGGAAGGUUCAGAGCUCUCGAAUCACAAGACUGGAAGAACAACCUCAAAGCUCAGAUGGAUCAGGCACACAGUGCUGGGGCGGCUAGCAGCACCGGGUCUCUAGAACGAGCAUCUCUCUUCUGUGCUUCUGGAUCAAACACAUCAAGCUCUAGUUUAUCCAGUCCUGUUGAGCCUCUAACCAAGAGUAAAUCCUCCAGUCGCUUCUCCUUGUUCUCACCUCCCUGGAACAGCAGCUCUGAAUCUGACUCCAACCCACCAUCUCGGUCGGGCUCCAAGAAACUUCGCAAUUACAACAGAAGAGGCGGGAACAAAGCAGAGGACGCCGUGGACUCGAAACAAAGCAUCCCGGAGCAUUUCCAAUUCUCAGAGCCGGUCAUCGCGAAAGUGACAGACUACAUCUACGUGGGGAAUCUCAAUGCAGCCUACAGUGGGCGUAUCCUCUGCAGGAACAGCAUCGACAGUGUUAUCGACAUGAGCAGCUUCGCCGGCGAACACAAAGUGGACCUCAUCCCCUGUACCUGCUCCCGGGGCACCAAGCACAGUUGGUCCCGUCUCAAGGUUGACAUCAGCGGCCUUCCUGACGAGAAGAGCGUGGCCCUGAAGCAGCGCGGCUUCGAGGACAUCAAUGGGUGCAUCGACGCUUCCACAGAGAAGCGAAAGCGUGUUUUGAUCCACUGCAGCGAUGGGUAUUCGUUGGCUCCCACUUGCAUUAUCCAGUAUUUGAUGGUAAAGCAGAACAUGAGGCUAAUUUCUGCCUAUGAGUUUGUGAGAGCCAAGUACCCAGUUAACAUUCAGGAGUGUCAUCAGAAUCUGCUGGUGAAUUUGGAGAAAUCGCUGAGACCUGGUGGGAACGUGGAUCCAGAGUGCUUCAAACAGGCCAUAUCCCGCAAGAUGGCGUGGACCUAACCUUACUUUGCUCAGUCUGGUUAUAGGGACUAAGAAAUUGAGUUCUCAUUUCAGCAAAAGAGACUGCAGGGUAAUUAAGCUAUAAACUGGCCAAAGCAAUUGAUGGGCUCCUGUCUUGCAGGCCGUAAUUGCAAUUUUUAGGUUUUGAUGGACCCCUUUUGCAAUUUUUAUGGAACCUGGUUUUUAUUGUAAUUUGGAUUGGAGACACUAGUAAUGGACAUGGAGUACAGGGACAGUUUCUUUUGGAACUGUCUGAUUUUUACUGUAUUAUCAGAUAUGAGUAGGGGGGAGGAGCAGACUGCUGAAUUUAUUAGCUGUAGAGCAGAAUAAUAGCCUAUCAGCAUGAUUGUUAGAUUAUUAUUUUUUUUAACCGAGGGGAAUUCAGCUGUUUUUAAAGCUCAGGUAACAAGGGUGAAUCCACUGCCUGUCGCUUUAGGGAGAUGGAGGCAACAAAGUGGUUCACUCCACACUGGCCAGAAUCACACGGCCGGGGCAGCAGUGCUAGAUCAAAGCUUAAAAUAGUAAGGAAAUACUUUUUAGGAAUUGAUAGUUCAGACCAGAUUAGGAGCUCCUGUGAAUCGUGUCAUCUUGUACAUAUUCAGGCAUGUUUACUGCAAGUGCGCCCAGGUGUCCGCCGAAUGAAAGAUGUAUUUAUGUACACCCUCAAUGAGGGUUCAAUUGGUGGACACUUCAAAGUUGUUUUUAUACGCAAUUAACAAGAUUCUCUGUGCUUUUAUUGGCUGGACACACCACAUGAUUCCACCGUGGUCCAGAUGUUGUAUCUGUUUUGUGAGUAUCCUUUUUUCCUUGCACUUGAUUGUCCUGGCCCACUGAAGUAAUGUUAGGAGCCUCAAAAUACAUUGGAGGUCAUGAAUAUUGCACUGAACUAAUAACAGCAUUACUUUCUAAGAUGCAUUUACGAAAUAGUGAAAGUGACCAUUUCCAUACAAUUCAAUAGAUUGAGUUUUUGUUUUCCUGAUGACAAGUGCUCGGAGAUAAUAGAACUCACAGUAGAAUUUGGUGAUUCUCUCUCUCUCUCUGUUUGAAAUAUAGGUAUCAUGCAGCACGUUUAAAUGAUUAUGUCCUGCUCCUCGUCACACCCCUUUGGAGUGCCUGAUCAGAGCUCUGCUGUGUAUCUUGAGCUGAAGAACAUUAUUCUUUUACAUGGAAGAAACUUAACAGAAAUUGAUCCCUUUUUUUAUUGCCUUUUUUAUGGGUUUGUGUCAAUACACACGCUGCUGGUAAUGUUUUGUGGAAUAUCCUCAGUCUCUUCUCAUUUUGACUUGUGAAAACUGAAUAUACUUUUAACUGGUUAAUAAAUAGUCUUACUGUUGUAACCGCUGUAUAAUAUAAUGGCCUGUGCAGUGGCAGUAUUUUAUUUUUAAUGCAAAGUGUGGUGACCAAUGAAUGAUACUGCUCUAAUACCAUCAAAAUAAAAAUAUGUAAUAUAUAUAUAAUCUCCUGUACUUAUUGCUGCAAUAGCGGUUUGCACCUUUUGAAUAGGAGAUGGGGGCAUAGUUGGUAUUUUAUGACUAUGUACAGAAUAUUUUUGGUUGGACAGUUUGUCAUCCUAUGCUAGUUAUACGUACCUCUGCACUCGGGUGACUUUUUUGUACGUCUGUGUUUUUGGUAUUAAAAUUUGGAGAUUGAAGUGAAGUUUACAGAUUCUAUUAUGCAUUUUCUUGUAGUUAAUGUGUAUUGUACAUAACGUGAUUAAACAGUGUUG